AUGAAUGUUGUUACAUUUGUUACAAUUGAUUAUGCUUGUUUUAUGCAUAUUGGAUCAAUUCCUGAGGCUAUGCUCGUGAAAGUUUUGUCCAAUAGUGAAUUUCUCAAGUUAUAUAAGUUAUUCCCAAAAUUUGGUGAAAGAGUUAUUACACCAUCUUUAAAGGCUCUUUUGGAUACUAGGAAUAUACAACAAAGGUCAAGGGUUAAGAGGAAAGCAAAAGUGGUGGAUGAAUCUGUUCCUGCAAAGCCAAGGCCUCAAAGGAAUUUAAAGAAAAAGGAAAAGAUUAAUGUUAUUGAUGAAGACUCGGAGGAGAAUACAAUUAGUCAUAAUCAUUUCUCAAAUAUUGUUUAA